CUUGUCAAGUUUUGAACGUAAUACGUAUACUAUAUAUUUUUUUAUGUUACGUUAAGUAAACGAGCAUACUUAAUAAUCUUGUGUUAAAAGACAAUAAAUAAAUACUAAUACAUAUUAAUUAACGGUAAAUAGUGACAUUGCAUUGAUAAGCAACUUCUGAAACGUAAUGUGAAUAUCUAUUUUCAACUGGACUGGCAGACGUGCUCCGAAUUCUGGUGCAAUUAUGAAACAGGUUUAAUAAGGAAAAGAGAUUUAUAAGGAAAACAAUUUCAUAAUUUAAGAUCGAUUUAUAACAGUCUUUAUGGUUGUAAGAAUAUUAUAAGGAAGUCCGUAUUAUAAAGGGCUUGUAACAUAAAGGGCCCGAAAACAAAGAAGUUUUUAUAUACAUAUAUAAAAUUUACAACAUACUUCAAAGAGGAUGGCUACUAUACUGGACGUGUUUAAUGAAGACGUCUGGCGUCUCGUACUGGACUGGCUGCACACUGAUGACAUUAUUAGGUCUGAGCGAGUCAGCCGAGACUGGCAGGAUGUUAUAUACCGGUACCUUCAGGGUGUUGGUAUGAGCAUAGAAUAUGGUACUCGUCCCAAGCUCUGGUACGGCCAGAACCACAAGCUUUCUCACACCUACCGCAUACUGAGGAUAGAGGAAGACAAUCCAGAAAUACUUAAGUAUUUACUACAGAAAUGGGGUCCAUGUGUCAAGAAAGCGGAUUGUGUAAACAGUACUAUGGAGGUUAUAAUGAAGUGCUGUCCCAAUUUAAAAGAUGUUACAUUUUAUGGAGUACACAAUGAUGUGUUAGUAAGUGGAUCAUCACAAAUCUUCAGAAAGCUGAAACGAGUACAUUUCAAAGGAUGCAAUUAUUUGACAGAUAAAAGCGUGAGGCAGUGGCUGGCAAGCUACGACAUUGAGGAGCUAUUAGUUUGGGAAGCCGAUGAAGUUACUGGAAGGUUCUUGCUAUCUUCACACUCCACCAAACUAAAGCGUCUGUCAUUUAAAGACUGCAGGGGCUUGUACUUCCGUUGUCUUCUCUCCGCUGUCAAAUACCUACCACAUUUAAGGAAAUUGGAACUGAUAUAUUGUUAUAAAGAAAUCUACCAUAAUGUUCAUAAAUUGUUAGACCAGUUGCCAGAUUUAGAGGAUUUGUGUAUGCGUUGGGAAAAGAGGUUGGACUUGGGAUACGAUUGGGCCGAAGCAGUUGGAAGGAUGAGGCUGCGGCGGCUGGAUGUGAGCUUCAACCCUAAUGUGACGGACGAGUGGCUGGCGAGGGCGUGCCGUGGCUUCGGUCAACUCAAUGAACUGCUUUUAGAACGCUGUGUGGCUUUUACCGGCCGGGGGGCAAGAACGGCGUGCAGCGCGGCGGGCCCGGCGCUGCAAGGCCUGCAGCUGGGCUCCAAUACGCAGCUGUUUAAUUCCUACAUCGAGGAGAUUGUCCGGGCUUGCCCCAACCUCGUGUGGCUCGACUUGUCCUUCUGCCACGGGAUAACGAAUGACAUAGUGGAAGAGGUGGCAAAUGCGCGUACUGUCCGAAACAAGAAGUUGCGAUUGAUAGUUGAGUGCACGUAUGUCGAGGACGAUGAGGAGGGUCAAUUCCCGUGGAUGAUCAUCGAAUUCGGGGAAAACUAUUCAGCCAAGAGCUAUUCCUUUCCAUGUAACACCAAAAAAAAAUGAACACCAGUAGACCUUACGGCUUCGCAACAAGGUUUACAAAAGAGCAGCAUAUAAGCACCCUCUUGGUCGCAUUAAGCAAGCAUAGUUGGAUACAACCUGGAACUUAUCCGACUUAAAAGGAGAAAGCUUGGCUUCCUAAUUACUGAUUAAAAAAAAUAAGGAAACUUCUGGAAUCUUCAGUAAUUAAGAGGCUCUCGGAAGAAGAUAUGCCAACAGGCAAAGUAGUUCGGGAUAGCCGAAAUUAAUUUGUCUCGCUUAAUGUCUUAUGGCGCUAUUUAUAAACGUUUGCCAAAUGUAACAGCUGUUAAAUGUUUGUUGUUAGCAUUUUGACGUUUAUAUGUUAGAUAGAGACAAGAGAUGUCAAUGUCACGCCACACUGGAAGAGAGAAAAAGAGAGAUAUUGCGAAAAACGGAAGAAAGAAACAACGGAAAAUGACACGUUAAUGAUUGAUGAUUGCAGUGACAGUCCGUCCGACGUGAUUGACACUAGAGUACUAGUAAUGGCACCAAUCAUGAGUCAUUUAAGAGAAAAUUUUUAGUAUUUUUGAUAUUUCACCGACACCUGUACCCUGUACCUAAACGUUCUACCGCGUCCCGCGUUAAGCACAUGUUUAUGGUUAAACUUGCCAGUGUUUAAAAAACUGAUGUUAAAUAGGUACUUAUUUUACAGGAUUUGUGGUAUACGUCUCAUUAUUGGAGUCUUUACUAUAGUCGCGGUUUUCCGCGUGGGGAGCAUUUUGCCGCCCGUACUCAACAUGAUUUAUUGUUUAAAAUAAUGGAAAAAUCAUAUCGUAAUAUUUUUUAGAAUAAAAUAAAUCAAAAAUUAUUAGAAAACAUUUAUUACAAAUGUACCGCGUGUUCAAGUAAUCACAGUUUUUUCGCCACGGGCGGCAUAAUGCUACAAGCGUGAGCACUAAGGGCAGAGGAUGCCUAUAGGUAAAUAAAAUGUUGAUGUAUUAGGCUACAUAAAAUUGAUGUUAUGCAUUACUGUAUAGCAGUAAAAUAGAGUAUUGCAUUAAUUGAACUAUUAUUAAUAUAGAGAAGCCAUACCAAACAAUUGAAAUUGUCGCAAUCACAACCUGUAUCACGCGACCAAAACGUCGUAAGCGUCGUAAAAAUUCAUGGCGCUUACGCGUUUAGGUCGCGAGAUUCACGCUCAAAACAUCAUGACGCAAAAUACUGGUUCUCUGUGCCGGUUCUAUACGUAGUAAUAAUUAAAUAAAUAAAAAGUGUUUUAUUGCCACUACCAGCAAAAAAAAAUGCACAAGAGAAAAAACAAAACAAACAAACAACAAAAGCGAAAAAACAAACAAACAAACAAUUACUAAUAAUAGUGCAAUGAUUGCAAUAGAGCCCACAGCCGCAACCACCGCUUGAUACUAGUAGGGGCCGCGUCGCCCGCGGCUUGAUGUUAAUGGAGUAACGAAUUUAAAUAUUGAUGUUAUAAAUGUUGAUGAUAUACUAAAUGUUAUUGAGCGAUGUUUAGUCAAUAGUUGAACGUAAUUUACGUAAAAGGAUCUGUCAAUAGAAUUUGGACUUUUUAUCAAGAAGAAAGGUAAAAAAUUAAAUGGCAAAUUUAAAAGGAUAUAUCCUUUUUGUUUAACUACGUCCAAUGAGCCAAAUAGUAACUUUGUUAACAAUACCGAACUGGGUAAUAUUUACUAUUAUUUACCUGUUAGGUAACAUAGGUACUACAUAAAUGUUAAAAUAAAGAAAGGAUAAAUGUUUAAAGAUAUUGAUGUAUUUUGUGACAUAUUUUUAUAGUAGAACUGGGAAUCACCUCACCAGCUCAAAAAAAAAAACUUAAGGAACUUCAAAAUUACAUGUCCAUGUCCAUUUUCUUGCUUCUUCACAAAAUAGGCAAGCCGAUGGAAAACGAGUUCUAAUAGGUCCGUUGGUGACACAUAUAUUGUACCUACAAUAAUACCAAGUAUACCUACCAUCAAUAUAUAAUUUUCAAACAUCAAAAAAAAAGAGUAGAUAAGUGUAUCCUGCGAUAACCUCAUUGUCUAUUGAUUUGGAUGUAUUCAAUGUUUUAACUACAUAUGACUAGGUCAGGGUGGGGUAAAUAUAAAUAUAAGACAAGGGUAGAAAUAAGACAAAG